AUGAAGAGCCUGGAAAAGGCAUAUGCCGAAGUCACAAAACUCGAACCAUUGGAAGAUGAUUCGGACGACAGAAACAAUAUAGCGAGGCUCCAUAGAAUGGCAGGGCUGAUGUACAUGCACCUCACCGGGGUCAUGUAUGCGUCUGGAAUUGAGCCAGACACUGAUUGUUGGAGAGAAAUAGAGGUGCCAACGGACGGCAAAAUGAUACCGCAGACUCGUUUCAACAGUCUGCUUGCACAGGACAUGGUGCCCGUUACUGCACAGGACUGGGCAUAUGACCUUGGAGUGUGCUUGGGACAGAAAGCAAGGGAGGAAGGGGCGCUGUUGCGCCUUUACCGGGGAUACACAACCGAUGGAAAUUUGCGAGACUAUAUAGGUACAUACGCAUACAAUGGGACGUUUAUUUCAAUCUGUGAGGCGAGCUUCAGCAUUGAGCAGAUCACAAAUGUAUGUGAUCGUUUGUACAGACGCGAGAUGCUCCAGGCCGACAUCAAGACGGAUGACAAGCUGCAAUCAUACGUACAUGGCUUGCUGGGAAUAAUCCAAGCUAUCCGGUAUGCACGAGAGUGGGGAACACUUGACCGUGCCACAAAGGGACGCUACCGCGAAGCAGUGAUUGCAGACCUGGUUGCAGGCGAGGAGGAAUUGGAACGCAAAAAAAUCAGUGUAGUGCUUGGACACCGCCACGAGAAAAUAGUCAAGGCUAGAAAAGAUUUGGCCAAAUUGUAUGAACAGUUUGGGGUAUGCAUUCUCUUGGAUGCUUUUUGGAACCCUAGUAUUUGCUACGCAGACGGAAAAACUGGUCGUUCAAUUACUUUUACGUCCAUGGUGGCAAUUGCACUCAAGACCCCGCCUAGGGAAAUGCCGCAUAAAUCAAUGGAAUUUUUUGUUGAGCUGAUGGACAUUAUUGGGGGUCCCGUGAGGGACUAUGUGUUUGAUUUCGUAGAUAACCGCACGUCUGCGGGUCAGACUGUAUAA